ACAGAAUGGAAAGAAUGGGUGCAUGCAUGUGUGUGUGUGUGUGUGUGUGCGUGAGUGUGUGUGUGUGUGUGUAUGUGUGUACAGGAGCAUGCAUGCGUGGGAGUGAUCUCAGACAGAUUUGCAAGUGCCUGGCUUUUAGAGAAACAGGGAAGUGAGAGUACACAGACGUCUGGGUGAGAAGGUGCCGGGUCCGGAGCCCCGAGGCCACGGGCAUGCUGGGCCCUAACUCUAGGCACUGGGACAGUCAAGGGGCCCGAGAGGAGGAAGAGGACGAUGACUAUGAGAACUCAGCUCCACUCUACAAGGACCUUCCUCCCAAGCCAGGGGCCCGAGAGGAGGAAGAGGACGAUGACUAUGAGAACUCAGCUCCACUCUACAGGGACCUUCCUCCCAAGCCAGGAACCAAGAUGGAGAUGCCCCCCGAGCCCUGGGGGCCUGCUAAGGGCUCAGACCUGAAACUCGGCCCGGUCACCUGGGCAUCUCCUCGGCCUGGUGAGCAGAGAGAGGAUCCCUCCAUGGUCGUGGUCCCGAUGACACCCCCCAGCCCUGCCUGCACGUCUCUCUGCCCAGGUGCGGGGCUGGACCGGCCUCCGGCGCUGCCGCCACGCCCACUCCCACCAGUGCCCUGGCUGGGCCCCAAGAGCAAGACCGAGGGGUCCCUGUGGGUCCGGAGGCUGGUGGUGCUCCUGCCCCUGCUGCUGCUGUUCUCCGUGGUGCUGGGGGCUGCCGCGCUGCUGGUGGCCCUGGUGCAGUACCAGGAGCUCGAGAAGGAGCUGAGGGACCUGGCCCUGCAGCAGGCGGCCUGGCAGGCGAACAUGACAAGACCAGGCGGGCUGACCUACCUGAGGGAGGACAUCGACCGGCUCCGAGCCAGCACCAACCAGUCCCUGAUGGAACUUCGCGGCUUACUGGAAAGUUUGUCGUGCCCCGAGGACUGGCUUCCCUUCCAAGGAGAGUGCUACUAUUUCUCCCAGAACACCAAGUCCUGGGACACAGCCCAGAAGUUCUGCAAGGACCAUUUCUCACACUUGGUCAUUGUCAACAGCCAUUCGGAGCAGAAGUUCAUCACCCGCACCAAGAACUACCCGUCGCGCGUGUACUGGCUGGGCAUGAGCGACAGGCAGAAGGAGAGGGUGUGGCGGUGGCUGGACAGCUCCCUGGUCACAGACGCACUGAACUUCUGGGCCCCUGGCGAGCCCAACGACAGCGACAGCAAUGAGGACUGCGGGUCCCUGGGUUCCAUGGGGCGCUGGAAUGACUUGCCCUGCGACACCACCAACUACUGGAUCUGCGAGCGCCCGUGCCCCUGCGGCUGACAGCGGCCCCCGCCCCCAGGGCUGGCCCCUGGUGCCCGGGCAGGGACUCACAUUCCCCAGGCACCUGAGGAAGGUGGGCAGAGGAAGGGGAAGUGGGGGUGGCGGGCAGUCUCUGGGGUGUCCCUCCCAGGCGUGCCCCUGUCUGCUGGUGCGUCCCAGGGGCAUCUGGGGGAGGGCCCGCCAGGAGUCAGCCCUGAACACCUCCGG